UUUUUUUAUUAUUAUUAUACCAUACAACUCACACCAUUUGACCAUUCAAUAAAAGAAAAAAAUAAAAAAUAAAAAGUAAAACACGCAAGAAGCAAAACAAAACCACACAACACCAACCAAAAGACGCUUACUUGAAAAGAAACGAUGCACAAGAAGCCCAUUGCGUUUCACCAUACAACAAGGCUGCCUCGAUUAGUCGUAUUUGAUUUAGAUGGCACUCUUCUCAAUCGUCAACAUUCCAUCACCCGUCGUUCCAUCAACGCACUUUCCCUUCUUCAACAGGCCAAAGCCGGUCCUGCUCUUCAAUCCUCUCCCAUUACUGACAAUCAAAGCGAUCAACAGAUCAAUGGCCAGGGUGACAUCAUCAACAAUGGUGGCAGUAGUAACAGCCAUGACAACAGCAACAAUGUCCAGAUCAUGCUCGCCUCCGGACGAUCUCCACGAUCGGUCCAAUUAGUGAUCGAUCUCUUUGAAGGAAUCGUAAUUCCCGAUGCGGUGAUCUGUUGCAAUGGUGCUCUCAAUUAUAACCCCCGCACUAAAGUCAUCACUCAUCCUCAGUUCAUCCCCCUGGAUCAAGCUACUGUUGUGGUUCAACAACUCCGCUCAGAGAUUUCAACCUACGGAACCCCCAAGAGUCGGAUUCCUCUCAGUAAAAAUCCAAAUGAAAUGGGCCUUGGCGGGGAUUUAAGACCAUUGCCUCCCCUUGAAAACGAUCAAAGCAAUGAGCCGCGAAUGGCUGGAAGACCAGGCUUUGCCUGUGAAGUCAUCUGGUUCUUGGGCAAGGACGAAAAGACUGGAGAGGUCAUCUACGCUCCAGACACAACUUUUGUUUGUGAUCGGACCUGGGAGCUUCAUCGGAAGCAUGCCAUCUAUUACGAGUAUACAGUCUUGCGAGAAUCUAUGGAGACAUUCCUGCAAUCCCUUUUGGUCCCCUCUGAAAGUACCGGGAUGCCAAAAGGAGGAAUUGUUAAAUUGAUGGCAUUGGAUCGCAACCGAUCUGCACCAGAUCUCUUUGAAUCUUUGCCCCCUACUUUACGUUCAAUCAACCCGACAACGACGAACACAGAGAGAAUGACAGGCACAGGCACAGGCACAACAGGGGUCGAAUCUGCGGGAAUAGAUGCAGAAGCAGCACUAGCAGGAAAUGUCUCAAACUCAAUUUCAAUUGCAUCACCACAAAUAUCCAUCACAUACUCUGGGAUGUACUUUUUAGAAAUUUCAGCUGCAGGUGUCAACAAGGGACUUGGACUAAUCAACUACUGUAAGUCUCAGGGGAUCGCACACGAUGACGUGGUGGCCUUUGGUGACCUUUUGAAUGAUGCAGAGAUGUUACAGGUCGCAGGGUUGGGACUUUGUAUGGGGAAUGGACAUGCCGACAUGAAGAAGUUGGCAGACCGAGUGAUCGGUUCUAAUGCGGACGAUGGUGUUGCAAAGGAGAUUGAGUCUUGGUUUGCAUAAACAAUACAAUACAAAACAAUAUAUUUACCACAGUACAGCAUUAUUAUUCAUCCAUCAUCCAACAAUAACAACUAAAAUAAAGAAAAUAGACAUGAUAGAAAUAGAAUAGACAAUAACAACAACAACAAUAACAAAAAAUCUUUCCAAUAAAGGGAGAAAUAUGAACAUUCAUUUACAUGUUACAAUUAACCAAUUAACCAUAGACAAAUAAUAGUUUAAAUAAACAUGAGAUAUCUGAACA